AUGCGCAGGGCACUAGUGAUGGCAGGCGCGUGGCGGCGGGCGGGCGCCGCUGCCCCGCGGCGGUGGUACGGGGCGCGCGCGGACGAGAAUCCGUUCCGCGCCUUCCCGGCGACGUUUCCCUCUGGGGAGCCGCAGUGGGACGUGGACGUGCGGCGGCUGCGGCGCGAGUACCGGCAGCUGCAGGGCCAGCACCAUCCGGACGUGGCAGGCGGGACGGACGAGGCCGCGCAGCGGCUGAACCGCGCAUACGGGACGCUGGUACGGCCGCUGGCGCGCGCGCAGUUCCUGCUGGCGCGCCAGGGUGUGGACGUGACGGCGGACGCGACGGCGCAGGAGAUCAUGCAGCGGGACCCGGGGCUCCUGAUGCGCGUGCUGGACGUGCACGAGCAGCUGGAGGAGCUGGAGAGCGAGGCAGACGUGCGGCGGCUGCGUGAGGAGAACCGGGCGCGCAUGGCGGGGGUGGAGGCGGAGCUGGGGCGCGCGUUCGCGGCGCGCGCAUGGGACCGCGCGGCACAGCUGGCGGUGGAACUGCGGUACUGGGACAACGUGGAGAGCGCGGUGCGCGAAUGGGAGCCGGGCACGGUGCCGCACGUGAAACACUAG